UUGUAUCUUUUGUAUGUAUUUUGCUAAAGCCGGUAUUAAAGCAGUCCCUAGAGCGACUAUAAUGCCAAUUAGUGAUAUUAUGCUGUCCAGAUUGGAAACCUGGGGAGUGUUGCAAUUGUCGUAUUAGUGACGGCGCAAAAAAGGUGCGAAAACUUCAAAACUGUCGCAAAAAAUAUUUCAAUUUGUAAGUGUUUUUAGUUGAUGGCAAAACGAAGUCACUAUAAUCCGGUUCCAUUGACACGCUCUUUCACCCAUCAUUAGAUUCCCAAAAGCGACAAAACAGAAAAUUUUCUCCGAUUUGAACACCUCCACGCAUUCGAAACAUCAAAAUUCAUUGAUUUUGAAGUCCCAUUGACACGCCCUAUUACGUACCGCUAAUCUUUUGUUGGAUGCAUAAUUUUCUAUUGUCAUCAAUUUUCGCACCCCUCACCAGAUGAAACACAACAUCAACGAUUUAAAAAGUAAAUCAAUUUGCAUUCAUGUCUGAUCACGAUCACGUUUGAUUUUUGUCACAAUGCUCAAAACAGAUCAAAUCAUCCAAUGAUUGAUCUUACAAAAAUCUAGAUCUGCUGUGUUUCAAAAUCAGCAGUGAUUUUGUGUAACGGAAGAUCAUUGCCGAUCGUCUUAGAUGUGAUUUGGAGAUGACUGAUCAACUGAUCGUAAAAAGAUCAGAUCAGUAGUGAUCUUUAAAGGAAAGAUCACAAGUGAUUCAUGAUCAGUAGUGAUCGUGAUUUGAUGAUUUUUUGAUCGUGAUUUUGCCAGCCCUGACUCUAACUAUUAUCAAUUAGAGCAACGAACACUCCACCUCCAGCACUACCCGUACAACAACUAGAAGAAACCAAAUAUAUUGGCUUAUAAUCGCGUAUAGCGAACCAUGUAAGGAUUUUUUAAAUGUUUUAUUCAUUUAAAUCCCACGAAUUGCGAAGAAAGAAGUGCCAGAGCUUCGCUUAAUAUAGUAAGGGAGAAACCCCAAGAUAUUCCGUUCACGACUGCAUUCUUUAACCUCCUGCAGCCAUUCAGUCAUCGGCACGGAAAUACACCUUGACUUAGGAGUUCCUAUUUUUGUGGCCUUUUACGACAUGGACCAGGAAACCAGUGGAUCAAUUCUUGGUAGAAAAUAAUUUCGCCGGAUGCCACACAGCUUAUUUGUUUGGUGGACCUAUACCACCGCUGCUAAUAAUAUCUGCUGCUGUACAACAAAUCGUUCGAGAAAAUGUUCCGAACAGCGCUUAAUAUCGUAGUGAGUGAAAAAUAUCGUAGUUAGUGAAAAAGCUGCAAACGAAAUUAUGUAAAAAGAAUACUCUUAACAAAAAUUAUAUCAGUUUAAAUUCUAUCGCCACUGCGAGCAGAUGUAUUGUGUGUCGUUUGCAAAGCUAGUUUCGCUUCCGACAAGAGCGAUUACGUCACAGUUGCUAGUCGUUUGCAUUGGUGAAAGAACAACGAAAAAGGGACAACGGUGGAGAGCAUCACACAAAAUCAGUCGUUCUAAUGGCGCUAAAAGUUUUCUAUAGAACUCUUAGGAUUUCUUCUUCGCUUUGAUUAGAUUUGUGCACUUUUCGCUGGGUGAAAUUCCCAGUAAUCGAGAUCAAGUGAAGCCUUCUUUGUUUUUGCGAAAAAUGUGAAAAAGGGGAAUGCUUGCAUAAUUCAUACAAUUGAUGAACCUAUUGAUAUUCGGAAGUGUUAAGGAACAUGUCAGUUGUUUUCGUAUUCACGACAUCCAGUUAUGUCUCUGACAUUACCCAACAAUUUUUUGGACUGAUUCCCUGACAUUUUUCGGAUUGAUUCUUCGUUCUUAGUUGGAUUCGAUCUCAUCAACAUAAUAACAAGCAAUUCACAGUGUUUAGAAUUGGGUAAAUAGUUGAGCUAACAAGCGUGUCAAAUUUGCGUUUUAAUCGAAUCAAAGUUGUACAUCGCUGGUACACUGACUAAAUGGGGUAAAGGGCUACCUCUUAAACGAAAUGAACCAUGGUUCAAAGGAUCUAAGUAAUUAUAGCAAUCUGAAAGGGACUAGCCAAAGCAAAUACUACCUGAUCCAGACACUAAAGAAGAGACGAGAGCUUUACUUCUAUACCACGACAUAGAAGGCCCGAUGCGUUUGAUGAACGUAAGCAACGUAAGCAGCCCCGUGUCACCGCAUAUGUUGGUAGAUUUGUGGAAAACUGUCGGUGCAAACAUACAAACACAGGCAUUUUUCGUAUUCGACGAUAUGAGUCGAAUUGUCCCGGAGGGCCGAGACUUGGUCCAACGUCGAUUGUCACAGUGAUUGCAUCGCCUUUCUAUAUGAGAAAGGCAAAAAUCACAGAAUUGUGGAAACUAAUGAUUUUCGAAUGGUAUAAACCGAAUCGUGUAUAUAAUAAAGCUGAAAAUCACUAUUUCAUCUUUGAAUAAUGACCCAAUAGUAACUUUUGAACGAAUCUAAGCUUGUGUCAUUUUAUCGUCGGACCCAAAAUUUACAGCCAUUUGAUCUUCGAACUUGAUCAAUGACACAAUAGGAGCUCUCAAACGAGUCUAAGUUUGUUAAAAUUGGUUCAGUCAUCUUCCGGAAAAUUGAGCGGAAAGAAAAAGGGGAUUUUUUCGUUACUUAUACCAUGUCUUCGGAGCCUGAAGUAAUCGCAGUUUGAUCGUCAAUGACCAAGCUUUCAAACGAAUCUAAGCUUGUUUAAAUCAUUUAGGCCAUCUCCGAGAAAAUUGAGCGCUAAGAAAAAUCUUUGAAAGGUUCACACACAUAGAGACAAUUUCUGAUCUCGUUGAGCUGAGUCUCUGGAGCUCCAAUCAACAUACUGAAACUUCAGCUAACACAUGGAUCAAUAAGUCCCGAGACUUACAAUGGAAACAACAUUUUUUUUUAUUCAUCAACAUAAUCACCUUUUAGAAUCAUACAAUGGUUCCAACGUUUUUCCAUUUUUUCAAUACCAUGUUCAUAAAAAAAUUUAUCUUUCGCUUCAAAAUAAGCUUCAGUUUCAGCGAUGACCUCCUCAUUUGAGCCAAAUCCAUUUCCCUGGAGCAUUUUUUUAAGAUCAGCAAAGAACCAGUAGUCACUGGGGGCUAAAUCUGGCGAGUAUGGGGGGUGAGGAAGCAGAUCAAAGCCCAAUUCGUUCAAUUUCGCCAUUGUUUUCAUCGACUUGUGGCAGGGUGCAUCGUCAUUGUCGAAAGCAAUCGCGGCACCCACUUGGAAAAAAACCUUUUUCAUGCUCAAUUUCUCCUGAAGGAUAGUAAAUAAACUUCCAUAUGAUAUCUGUGUCAUCUCAGCAAUCUCACGGAGCUUCACUUUACGAUCUUUCAUUAUAAUUUUUGUCACUUCAUUCACAUUUUCCGGUGUAACGGCUUCCACAGGUCUACCCGAGCGUUCCGCGUCAUUUGUGUCGGUACGACCACGUUUAAACUCGGCGAACCACCGACAAAUCGUUGCUUUAGAUGGACAAGAGUCCGGAUAACAUUUUUCAAUCCAUUGUUUCGCUUGCACGGUGUUUUUACCCAUUAAAAAACAAUGUUUUAUCAAAACAUGAAACUCGGUUUUUUCCAUUUGUUAAACAAACUACAAAACGACUUUACUCCAACCUCGAUAACUCAGAUGUUUCUGGUCGGAUCGACUUAAAAUUUUACCCGUUUGAAGCAAAGGUUAGUACUCUAGAAAUACGUGGUAACUGGUUUACUACGAGCGCCAUCUCUGCUUUAGUCUCGGGAUUUAUUGAUCCAUGUGUUAUUCUAUUACCUUUCUAUAGAUAUCAAAAAUCGACCAUGUUCCAUAUUUUUCAAGCCGGAGUUGUAUUGGCCUGAAAAGCAAUAAUUUUGAGGGUAGCAUAAGUUUUUUCAAUUGAAUCUAAGUUUGCAAAAAUCCAGCUAUCUUGAAGAAAAUUGACUGCAUGUUCUGGUACACUCACACACAUCUCGACGAAAUGGGUAGCAUGGUUCAAAAAUCGAUUUACGAAAACUAAAAUAGUUCAUAUCAAAUAAUAGCCAUAUCAGAGCAAAAUUGAAUUCAUAUUGAUAUGUUCGACUUUUCCGUUGCAUUUUCGUAACAUGCUGCUGCCAAAAACCCAUGUAUUACAGAAUCAAUCAACGUGGCUGAUGUAGCAUGUGUACCAUGAGAGAAAUAUUGUUUUUACAUACUCUCUACAACUCGACUUAUUCUUGUACCAGGUUUGCGAAAAUUGCCAUACUGUCCCGCUUCCAACCAAAGAAAGUGAACGAAAAGGAAAUUUACAAAGUUAUAACCAAAAUAUAUAAAUAUGUACCGAUCCUUAUUAUCGUUGCUCUAAAAACCAACACAUGUGUUACGUAUUUAAAAACAUUUCAAACUUAAACAAGUAUUGCAGAGAGAGACUAGAUAUUUUAUGUUUUAAAUAACGGAUUGCCUUCUAGUGUAAAUUUUGGCGUCCAGACGCUAACAUCGUCGCCGGUUCAAGUGGAAAUAAAUCGAAACGAUGAAAAAUAGAAAAUGUAUGCAAAUAUCAUCAAUAGUUCACAUUCGAAAAUUAUGUACAAUAAUAUGGUAUCAAUUAGUCGUGCAUCAUUAAUCAGUUGAUCAAAGUGUCAGAUAAAUCCUUGUUUUAAAACGUCUGUUUGGAAGAGUGACAUCAAAGCAUAAUGUUGGAUAUUUUCCGCGGACUGAAAAGUUUAGUCAAAAUAAGUCAUGUAAAUACUGAUUCACCAGUGUUCCGUUUACACUAUUCUAUAACAGUGAUGAUUUUAAUGUCGUUCUCCUUAAUUGUGACAACAAAGCAGUACGUCGGUAAUCCUAUUGAUUGCGUGCACACGAAAGACAUACCAGAAGAAGUACUUAACACGUAUUGCUGGAUACAUUCAACAUACGCUCUCAAAAGCCUCUUCAUGAAAAAAAUUGGCAGUGAAGUUCCAUAUCCUGGUGUUGGAAACUCUGAAGGAAAAAGUUUGGAUAAAAAGAUUUAUAAGUACUAUCAAUGGGUGUGUUUCUGUUUAUUUUUUCAGGCUAUUUUAUUUUAUACACCAAGAUGGCUGUGGAAAUCAUGGGAAGGAGGCAAAAUUCAUGCACUUAUGAUGGAUCUCGACAUAGGCAUUUGCUCCGAAAUCGAAAAGAAGCAAAAGAAGAAGUUGCUUCUUGACUAUUUAUGGGAUAAUUUAAGAUAUCAUAACUGGUGGGCUUAUAGGUACUAUAUAUGUGAAUUUUUAUCACUGGUAAAUGUGAUAGGCCAAAUGUUUUUAAUGAAUCGAUUUUUCGAUGGUGAGUUCAUGACUUUUGGCUUAGAUGUAAUAGCACAUAUGGAAGCUGAUCAGGAAGAUCGUAUGGACCCAAUGAUCUACAUAUUUCCUAGGAUGACCAAAUGCACGUUUUACAAAUAUGGUGUUAGUGGUGAAGUUGAACGACAUGACGCCAUAUGCAUUCUGCCGCUAAAUGUAGUCAAUGAGAAAAUUUACAUAUUUUUAUGGUUUUGGUUCAUUAUUCUAACAAUAUUGACGACUUUAACGUUAUUCUAUAGAAUAAUCAUUAUAUUCUCGCCCCGAAUGCGAGUAUAUUUAUUAAGAUUAAGGUUUAGGUUAGUUCGUCGCGACGCUAUAGAAAUUAUAGUAAGACGUUCGAAAAUGGGCGAUUGGUUUUUAUUGUAUAGAUUAGGUGAAAAUUUAGAUAGUAUUAUAUUUCGUGAUGUAAUGCAAGAUUUAGCGAAUCGUCUACAUAAUAAUCAACACCAUCGUGUACCUGGUAUGAAAGAUGUCGACAAAAUUGAGUACGGAUUCGGAGUAAAUUUAUUUUGAUUUAAAUUGAACUUACGCCCGACGGAUUUUACUAGUCACAAAUCAAAUUUACGGAUUAGGUUGUUCGUGAGCUUAUGAUGAUCAAGUAAAUUCAAAGAUAUUGAUAAGCCAAACAUGUUAAGAAUCUCAUAACUAAUCAACAAAACAUUUAUAUUAGAUAAAAAAAUACAUUUGCAUCUAACAUA